CAAAAGCUGGGCACGCGCCAUCCUUCCGGCCCUGGCUUCCCUUGAGCCUUGGUGAUUAUUCCACUCUCGGACUUCGUUCUUGACCUCCACAAUGCCUCGCAACACAUUUCUCCCGACCCCAGCGUCGUCAACGGACAUCAAGGGCCAGGACGGUUCCAAGAUGGCCUCCCUGCAGCUAGCCUUUGAGCUGCCGCCACCCGCCGUGGCGAGCGAGGCCGGAGCAAACGCCCCGAACACUUCGGCAACUUUCUACCCUACUCAGGCCAGCGAAACAGUCAAGUCGCGCAGGCGGUCCUCCGCUGCCAACCCGCCCAAGGACCAGUUCGCGCUCCCACCGCCUCCUACCCGCUCUCGCAAGAUUAUCCAGAUGAAGCCGCGCGAGGAGCCCGCCCCCGAGACCCCCGCGUCGACUUCCAAGACAGCAUCCAAGAGCAAUGCCGGGACGAGUUCGACCACUCAAGCGGCCGGUUCAAAAAGGAAACAACCCUCGGCUACGAGCGCAGCCGGGAGGAAGAUCGCGAGGAAGACUGCCCACAGCCUCAUCGAGCGCCGGCGGAGGUCGAAGAUGAACGAGGAGUUUGCCGUCCUCAAGGGCUUGAUCCCAGCGUGUACUGGAGAGAUGCAUAAGCUGGCUAUCCUGCAGGCCUCGAUCGAGUACGUCAGGUACCUCGAAGACUGCGUCACCAAGCUCAAGGCGCAAUGUGGAUCAGAAGCCAUGCUGGACCCCGAACCCCGGCCGCCCCAGUCAAGCCUGCCAUCCCCCUCCAUGGCCGACACAUAUAACCACGGUCACGGCUAUGGCGGCGCCACGGAACCGUGCUCGCCCGACGUAGAGAUGACCAGUUCCUCCAGCGCGCCCUCGCCGAGCUUCACCCCGAUCGCCGGCCGAUCCCAGGCACCGUCCAUCUCCCCGGCCCUGCGGCCGCAGGACCCCAGCCGGCACAACUCGUACUCAUCCGUCUCGUCCGACUACCGCCUGCACGGCUACAGCACGUCGACCACCACCUCGCCCUUCUUCGGCCCGCAGCACCCCGCCGCCCCCCACUCGGCCUACGGCUCCGCCCUGACCAGCCCGGCCCUGCCGCCCCAGCGGGACCUGGACCAGGAGGCCACCGCCGCCCUGCUCAUGCUGAACCAGAUGGACCGCCGCACCAGCAGCAGCACGGCGACCGCGCCGCGCGGUAUGAGCGUGAGGGACCUGCUCAGCAGCUGAGAGACCAGUCGUCGUCGGGCCGUGUUAGACGGCGAUCUGUGUCGCUUGAGAAGCACAUUGUCAACGCAUCGCGGGGGGUAGGCAUUUUGCAAUACCUGGGGGUAUG